AUGUUCCACAAUCUCUGCACGUUCUGGAACCAGUCCUUCCGCAUCCCUCCACCGCCUCUCACCGAGAAAACCCUCGCCGACCAAACCAGCAAAGUCUACCUCAUCACGGGUGCCAACACAGGCAUAGGCUACCACCUCUCGGCCAUUCUGUACUCACACAAUGCCAAAGUCUACAUCGCCGCCCGCUCCGAGUCCAAAGCCAAAGACGCAAUCGCCUCGAUCCAGCAACUCCAUCCUCACUCCAAGGGUAGCCUCGAGUACUUGCACCUCAAUCUGUCGGACCUGACCAGCAUCAAAGCCACGGCCGAAGACUUUAUGCGUCGCGAGACGAAAUUGCACUGGCUGAACAACAACGCCGGCGUCAUGGUCCCGCCUGCGGGGUCCAAAGGCUCGCAGGGCAUGGAUCUGCAGUUCCAGACGAACAUCCUCGGCCCGUUCUUGCUGACCAAGUUGCUCCUCCCCGUGCUCAGGCGGACGGCCGAGAGCGAGCCAAACAACUCGAAGGGCACAGUCCGGGUAAGUUGGGCGGGCAGUUCGGCCGUGGACCUGUUGAGCCCGAAAGGCGGAGUGGCCUGGAAGAAGAGUGGCGACGAGCAGACCUUGGAUGACAGCUUGGGAAGUACGGCGUCUUAUGGAAUUAGUAAGGCUGCAAAUUACUUCCUUGCGCAUGAAUUUGGGAAGAGGUUCGGGACGAGGGAUGGGGUGUUGCACAAUUCAUACAACCCAGGAAACCUCCAGUCCGACCUCCAGCGCCAUGCACAAUCCCAGUAUCCAGCUUUUGCCAUGUGGAUAUUGUACAAGCUCCUGCUGUACCCGACUGUCUACGGGGCGUACACGGAACUGUACGCGGGCUUGUCGCAGGACUUGACGAUCAAUGACCAAGGUGUUUAUAUCGUGCCGUGGGGCCGCAGGGCUGGCGUCAAGAAAGAUGUGCAGGUCGAGGUUGAAAAAGAAGGAGGAAACGCGGACAAGUUGUACGAGUGGUGCGAUAGAGUUACGAGGGAGUAUGCAUAA